AUGCCACCAAAGAAGAAAUUGUCGGGUGCUCAAUUCAAGCAGAUUCGCGAAGAGAAAAAGGCUGCAGCAACUGCACAAUCACAAUCAGAAGACGAAAAUGAUGAAUUGAAUAGAGAACAAAACAUGGAAGUGGAAUGCAACGAUACGCUUUCUGAGACGGAUUCCUCAAAUCAGCACAGAGUGGGACAAGAAGAAGAUUCGAUUGAAAUCAAUUUCAGUAUUCCCAAAACAUGGAAAAUUGAUAAAAAUUCCAUCAAAUUAUAUAUCGAACAGGGUCCUAUCAAUGGUGACGAUAUUUCCGUGUACCCAGUUACAAAUAAUAGACGUUUUGAGAAAAAAUGGUUUACUCGAACUAUGACAAAUGCUGAACAAUUGCAAGUAACACCAGAUUUCCAAGAUACUCGAAAACGACCAAAGAAAAUGAUGCCGGGAGAAAAAGCGAAAGAUGAAUCUGCAUCUAUAAGUGCCCAAACUCAUUUCAAAGCAAGAUUGAUCCAAGUUCUUGAUCUUAUGAUUGCCCAAAUGAAUACCCGGUUCAUCGCUUUAAAUGAAGUUGCCGAUGAUUUCGCAUUUUUGAGCGGUCAAGCAAUUGUGAACACCAGUGUUACUGAACUCACCAAAAUAGCGGCAGAUCUCGCUAUCAAAUAUCCUGAURACUUGGAUCCGCAUGAAUUUUCAUCAGAAAUUGAGAGUUUCAAAUUUCAAGCAACGACGCUGAUGAGUGAAGCCACAGACAUGAACCAUUUGAAUGGAUUAGAAAAAAUAUUCGAUCUGUCGCUCGUGGAUGUAUAUCCGAACAUAACAACAGCACUGAGAAUAUUCUUAUGCAUGCCUGUUACGACGGCUACUUGCGAGCGUUCGUUUAGCCAGGAACGGUUGGCGAAUAUCUCUAUUUUGUCGAUUGAGAAGAAUACUACAACACGUCUCAAUUUCGAUAAAAUAAUCGAUUUAUUUGCAGAGGCGAUAUUAUUCUGA